AUGUCUCAGCCCACAUCUGCGGCAAAGUACUGGCAAUCAAGCUCGACCGCGCCCAACUCUACUACAGAUACUCCUCACCUUGAAAUGACCUACACUCACACACAGCGCCUCUACGAGACUGGACUGAACCACGAUCUUCAAGAACAGCAAUCUUCAGCCUUGUCACGCAUGGACGCGCUAUCUCGGCAGAGAAACUUCGGCAGGAGGACUCCCAACCUGCAGGAUGGGCCGUCCCCGACAAGCAGUCUCUUCAAUGACCGGUUCGGCGAGAGGAGAAUCCUAGCGAAGGGCAGUGCUCCCAAUCUGCGGUCCAUAAUCCCUCCAACCACUGGAAGCCCGAUCCCCCCAAUGGAUUUGGGCAUCACGAACCCGGAGCCCAAGCCCUCGUUUGGCGGCGCACCACCUUUGAGCCCGCCCAUAAGCGAAGGCGAGGAAAACUCCAUCUUGUCCAAUGACCGGGGCAAGGCUACUGCCAUGGAAUUGUUCCAAAAGCCCUUCCAUUCGUACGAUGAAUCGCGGUACGCCCAAAGACAGCUCCAACUUCAGCAAGGCUGUGAAACACCGACCAAUGAGUUCCGUACCGAGUCUAAUGCCUCUCACACCGCCGAUCGGUCGCGCUCUUCUUCCUCGGCUCAAAGAUUCCCGAUCAAGAAGCCCGAGCCCAUCGUGCAGAGUGAGCCAACCGUCAAAGAGAAAGAGGUAGGACUGAGCUUCUACGAAGUUUCGAACUCUCCCCAAGACGACAACACAAGGUCUGCCGCGGCUUUCCACGGCGCAUUAAGGCGGCCAGCGGAUCGCUAUCAUCCCGCACUGAGAGAACCCUCUGUAUCGACUCCUUUGUCUCUCAGCUCCAGAGCCUCCGCUGAACCAUCGCCCGUGUCUAGCCGGACUCUUCCUCCCGCCACUGCCGUGUCCAUCGAGUCCCAGGCCUCGCCUCAAGACUAUCCAACCUUUUCCUCCUCAACUGGCCUCAUUGGUAUGGUUCACCAGCACCUCCGGACCGACAGCGCGACAUCCUCUCUCUACGGCUCAUCACCGCAGACGUCCAACUUCGCUUCCAGAUUCCCGCUUGACCCAUACGAUCCCAAAUCCAUGGCGGACAUGGGAGUCAUGGCCAAUCCUUGGGAAGCUCAAUCACCGAAUUGGAGAAACUCGAGCACUCAGAUGGAAAAAGAACACGACGAGUUCGCCAGCCAACUUGCGGACGGCGCGCGUCGGAUUCGUGAGAGACUUACAUCUUGGGUCGAGUCCUACCGCGACAGUCGAUCUCUGUCACCCAAUCCCGCUGAGCUUCUUAGGGAGCCGUCCCUGCCACGCACAAAUCCGCCGUUGGGUAUCCUGAGGCAGAAGACGAGCCGCGGUUCCUUGAUUGACUGCAACCGGGAAACCUGGCAGGACAGCCAACACUCCAAGGCUAUCAAUAUGCUUCGUCUUGCUUCCUCAACUAUCAGCAGCGUCCCUAGCCCGAACAAAUCCAGCUUUGAGGAAGAGGAGUCUCAGUCCCUGGUCCACGAGGAGCGCGAGAAACCCCUCUUUCCCACGUCCGAAACGACCCCAGUACUCCCUUCGCAGGAGACGAACAAGGACAAGGAGGACGCGUCAAUGCAUGCUGGACUCAGGGCCUUCAGGCAGGCCAGAAAGCAGUUAUUGCAAGCUCAAAAGAGUCCCUCGAACGUCCCAAUGGUACCUGGUCAGUUGCCCACUUCCGUGACCAGCCCGAUCGUUAGCCCGCCAGCCUCGCGGACCGCCCUUAGCCGUGAGCACACUCCCGGUCAGCGGACCGCCUCCCGUGAGCGACAACCGCCUCCUAUCACCGACCAACAGCGAGCCCCAAGCGAAGAGCCUCAGCCCAGCAACGGCGCGGGACGAGCGGCCUCUCGGCCUCCUUCCUGGGCGGAGCGAGACCGCAGUGGUUCGGAAGCCAGCAACGUCGACAAGUCUCAUCGUCCUGCCCGCCUCCGCACCAGCACCGCUUCAUCUCCAUAUGAGGACCGCGGGAUGGGCCUCAGCCCUAAUGAGCCCGUUCUAGGUCGGCCAUCGAUGUUGCAAUCUCCUAGCCUCUCCGGCACCAACAUCCGCCGGUCUCCCAUCAUGCCUCCUCAGCCGUACCCGACGGGUGCUGGUCCCGCAAAGCCUCUCAACCGAUCCGCUUCCUCGGGCAACCUUGUUGUUCAGUACCGUUGUGGAGGAUCCGAUUCGGGACAACCUUCUCCGGUCUCUCCCAUGGCUCCCAUCCCUUCGCCCUUGACCCCCGUCAGCCAGUCUACACCUUCUUUCGUUCCCUCUCGUCGACCUUCGGGACCUCCCAUCCCGUUGCCCAACUCCGAGACCCCUGUCAGGGAUAUUUCUGAGCCAACCUUCGUCUCGUUCACCUCGCGGGUCCCUACCGUGGCCCUUCCGGAGACAUCGGAGUCGCGAUCCAGAUCUGGCAGCGUUCUCGGCGCUGCUGCUUCGACACCCAACCUCCACGCUAGCAUGCUUGCUCACGCCAAUGCUCCCCCUGUUCCUCCCAUCAACCCUAAGCGCCUGAACAUGAUUGGCUCUAUACGGGUGAGGUAA